UCAAUCAUAACCCAGUUCCAAUCAAGAUAGAUUGGGCACCAUUUACAUUUUAUCAUUAGACAUAACUAAAUAGUUACCUUGUACAUCUACAGGAAAGAUUUGUCAAUUGAUACCAACGUUGGUAGACAGCAAGUCUAAACCAUUUUUCCUCAUCUUUAUUUUAUAUACAUAGACGAAUCUUUUUCUAACCUCCAGUUCAACCAAACAGAUGUGGAUACUAUACUACAAGAUUGCCUGACGUGCAACUACUUUUCCGAUCUACAUUUUGGCAAUUUCAAGAUCAUGUAUUCCAUUCUCCAUGUCAACACGGGACAUGAACUGAUGUCUCACUCAACCAUGCACGCAGGAGUAACACGCCAGAAGAGGGGGGGAAAAAAAGCAGUUUCAGCAGACGAGUGGAUGAGACCAUGGCACAGACCAUGAUCUGAGGACGACAGCCACGAGAAUCCUCUCUUUCUUCUUCCUCCUUUUUCUUGCGCGGGGGGUUCGAGCUCCGAGUCCAGCUGCCUUGGACAGGUGGAGAAACAAAAGAGAAGAGAGAAAGACUGUAACACAGAGAGAGAGAGAAAGGGAGAAAGUGACGACCCGACUCCUUGUCGCGAACAGCCACCUUCCCCCCUCGGGACUGCCGUGACCUCCGCCCCCUGCCCCACCACGCUCCCUGCCCCCCCCAACACCACUCCAGAACCAUGGGGAGGAAAAAGAUCCAGAUCCAAAGGAUCACGGAUGAACGGAACCGACAGGUGACGUUCACCAAAAGGAAGUUUGGCCUGAUGAAGAAGGCGUACGAGCUGAGCGUGCUGUGCGACUGCGAGAUCGCCCUCAUCAUCUUCAACCACUCCAACAAGCUGUUCCAGUACGCCAGCACCGACAUGGACAAGGUGCUGCUCAAGUACACCGAGUACAACGAGCCCCACGAGAGCAGGACCAACGCUGAUAUCAUCGAGGCUCUGAACAAGAAAGAGCACCGGGACUCUGAGAGCCCAGACCCUGAGGAGCCCUUCUCCCUCACCCCCCGCACAGAGGAGAAAUACAAAAAAAUUGACGAGGAGUUUGAUAAAAUGAUGCAGAACUAUAGGCUGUCAUCGGCUGUCCCACAGCCCACCUUCUCCAUGCCAGUCACAGUGCCCGUGUCCAAUCAGAACACACUGCAGUUCAGCAACAACCCCGGCGCCCUGGUUACCACCUCCUUCGUCACCUCCACUCUCACAGACCCACGCCUCCUGUCACCACAGCAACCAGCCCUCCAAAGGAACACUGUGUCUCCAGGGUUACCGCAGCGACCCGCAAGCGCCGGUGCACUCCUGGGAGGAGACUUGGGCAACUCAAAUGGAGGAUGCCCAAGCCCUGUAGGCAACGGCUACAUCAGCGCCAGGGCCUCCCCCGGCCUCCUCUCCAUCUCCAACGGCAACAGCCUGGGGAAAGUAGUCCCGGCCAAGUCUCCCCCUCCGCCCAGCCCUCAGAUGGUGAACAGCCGCAAGCCCGACCUUCGGGUCAUCACCUCCCAGGGCGGCAAGAGUCUGAUGCAGCUGACAGAGGAGGAGCUGGAUUUGAAUGCUCAACGAUUAGGUGUCUCUCAAGUGUCCCAGUCUCUCACCACACCAGUGGUUUCCGUGGCAACGCCCAGUCUCCUAGCGCCCUUCUCUGCCAUGCAGACAGCCUACAACACUGAGUACCAGCUGACCGCAGAUCUCACAGCUCUCCAGAACUUCACACCGUCAGGGCUGCUGCCUGGCAACAUGACCACCUGGCAACAGCAACCAGCAGUAUCCCAGCAACAGCAGCAGCAGCAACAACAGUCGCAACAGCUCAGUUUGGCGUCCCUUAGUAACUUGGUCAUGUGGGGCGCAGAGAAACAGAACGGGGAGAUGGCUAACUGCAUCUCCAAUUUUGCUGCUAACCUGAGCAUGGCCUCUCAGUCAAACUUGCUCUUUGGCAGAGAAGAGGGCCUCUGCUGGCCGGUGGGCCACAUACCUCAGGGCGCCACACUGACCGUCAACACCAACCCUAACAUCAGCAUCAAGUCGGAACCCGUCUCACCCAACCGCGACCGGAGCACUCCGUCCUCCACGGCGGGCGGGGCGGGCGGAGGAGGAGGGCAGGGCCUGGCGUCCUAUCCAGGCUCCCUCCGCCUGGAGCCCGGAACCCAGGGCCGCUCCCCAGUCGACAGCCUGAGCAGCAACGGGAGCUCGUACGAAGGGAGUGACCGGGACGACGGGACCCAGCAGGGGCAGGCUCAGAACCAGGCCAGGGGCCCACCACAGGACUUCCACCACCAGGCAGGUGCAGCCGCCGCUAUGGGGCUCCUGAGGCCCUCGUCAACAGAGCAGCAGCAGGAGCAGGAGGGGGCCAACGUCAAGAGGAUGAGGCUGGACGCCUGGGUCACAUAAAGAGGCUCCGGGCGUCGCAAGUGGAGGACAGAGUCAUGCUCAUGGCUUGUGUACAUGCCCCCCUCCUCCCUACUGUCUAGCUCUAAACACACACACACACGUCUGUCAUCUACCUAGUUACCGUCCAUUUAAUUGAGUUAAUGCUGACCUCACUCCACCUCAUGCACAGACACACAUACACACAAGCAUGCUCACAAACACACUAGUUCUCUCACGUGUAUACGUUGACACCAAUUUGCACUAUAAAAGAAAAUGUGCAUAUAAUUGUGCUCUAUCGUACACACAACAACACCAGGAAACCUAAGGGGCGAGCCACCAAACCAGGGAUUAUAUUAAAUAGUUUGCUGGAAGGGACAAUAAUGGACUCGAAGUGGGAUAUCUGGUUAUUUUUUAGUUGAAUCUCAUUGUACUCUACAUUUUUAGAGAGUGAGUCUUGAUAUCUGACAGUGGUUUUUGCUGUGUCCUUCUCUCUUCACACUCCAAAACAUAUUAACUCACUCCUGACUGUUUUGUCAGACACUUGUUUGGCGUCUACCAUAGGUCUCUUCCUAGUACAGCUGCACUGCUCUAUUGUGAAACAGUAUGACAACCAAAAUGAAUCCACUUCUUUGUACCUGCCCGACGAUGGCUGUAUUGUAUAGAUAGAUCCAGCUUUUUUAUGUUUUUGUAAGAGUACAAGACUUGGGUGAUUUUUUUUUUCUCUCUCUCUUUGAAACUAUUUUUCUCAAUUUAUUUUUUGUCCUUUCUGACUGUUGUUCAUUAGUCAUUACCUUUGGAAAUUUGGAUUUUUUAUGUCCAUUUCAAAUUUAAAACAUUCUUUCAUGCUAGGUGAACAAGAGUCAGUUUAAAAAGACAGGGGUGGUGUAAGGUAUUCUUGUUUUGUUUUUAUACCAGCAAUUCAAUCGGAACCAUGCAUAAAGCAGUACAUUAUACAACAUCCUAUAGUACCUUACUGAGGUAAAAAUUUAUAGACAUUAUAAAACUUUGAUCAGGGAAGGGCUGUAAGAGCUCGAUAGCAUAUACUACAACCUAUCUGCCAUGUCAACUUGACAACACAGAUGCUGAGUGUAUUUGGUGUGUGGAGUGUUUUAAAUAUUUAUUCGGAAUGUUUGUGUGUGUUUCUACCCUCUCGACUUUGCUAUUUCAGAUCACAUUCUAUCACUAACUCAUACAUUGAACCCCACCUACAGACAAACAGACUGAAAUUGUAUUUUUGUUAAACAAUGCCUCUGUUUUGGAAGGCUAACAUUGGGGUGAUGUAAAGAAGGGGACAGGGGGGAACCAUGUAUAUAAGAAGUUUGUUUUCAGUUUGUAAACCCUUCUAUAUGGCUUUUGUAUAGCCGGGACAGCAUUAUUGAAAGGCAAACACGUAAAACAUAUACAGAUAUAUAUAUAUUUAAACAGCUUCAGACAGUAGCGAGUAAACGUAAACCUGCAUCAGACGCAGAGAAAAAGAUAGACAGGGAUUGUACAUAGAAAUAUAUGUUCACAUAUAUUCGGCAGGAUGUCCCUGCAGCUAUUGAUGUGGUGAUUCUCAGUGGAUCUGUCUUUCUAUUUAUGUGUAUAUAAGUGUAAUAUGUUACAAAGCCAAGAGAGGGUGUUGGAGAGGCAGAAAGGGAAGUCAUGUUGAGUCUAACGGUUGUGUGAGUAUGACUAGUACUCUGAAGGAGCGCACUUUAAUCCCCCAGAAACACCUCCUUUACCCCCUUUAAAAGCCAGGGAGUCCUCGAGAAGGGGACAGUAAUGUCCAGAUGUCACACACAAAUACACACACACUCAUUUAAAGGAGCCAGCCAAUAAUUCCUCUGUGAGUCCCUACUCAAAUGACAUUUCUUUCAUAGAGGAGCCUCUGUAGAACUCAAGCCAUGUAUUUGUAUUGAAUAGACUAGACUUAAUAGCUCACAUUUAUCAAAAGUUUUAUAUAAUCAUAAGGGUAUAAUAUGAAAUGGUUUGUUGUGUGUAAUGUGCAUAUUGUGAUUGAAGAUGGAUGAGUAAUUCUCAGAAAUGGUCUGAAUGUUUUGUAGUCCAUAAUGUAGGAAUGAUGUGAAUUUGGAAUAGCGGUAAAGUCCGUUGUAGAAGUCUCAAUAAAUAUACACAAUCCAUCAGUUUCAAGUAUUAUGAAAAUUCAAUUUCACAACGGUUUGAGGUACUGACAACAUAUCUAGGCUUUGGUCUGUAAGUUUAAAGCCAGUCUUACAUAACUUUGGCCCUCAUGACCCCAUACAUCAUCCGUCCAUACUGAAAGUCUACGUUGCUACACAACAUAUUCUCAUAAAUUUCACAACGUGAAGAGGUCAUUUUCUGUCGGAUAUCUUAUUCAGUCUCCCCCUUGAUCGUACUAUAUUUUCUAUUUCAGUGCCACACAAAUAUACAGUACACACAAACAUAAUCUGUGUAUUAUUUUGAAUGUUCUUUUUUUAUUAGUGUGAUUGGGCUUGCUCAGCCCAACUCUUCUACUCAUGGGAAUCUAGGUAGUUUGACAGAGGGACAAAGUGCAUAAAAAGGUAUUUCAGUGUGUAUACUCACACAGGUUCAGACUAUAAGACUGUUGUGUCCUGAGCUUUGAACAAAAUUGUUUGAACAAAAAAAAAAUGUUAUAGCUAAGGUCUUGAAUAGGGCUACACAAGCCACGACAUUGUGUUACAUUAAGUUAAAUAAUAUGGUGGAAGAAAACUGAUAGGAAAUGGGGUUUGUUAGGUAGGGAGUUAGAACGUUGGCUGUUUAGUCAAGCGAGGUGUAAAAAACCCUAACGUGUCUCAGAUCAGCACUAGGGGUAGCUGUAAUCAAAACGGAAAGACAAUCUUUAUGAUAAUAGUAAACCUGCGCCCACAUAUUUCCCAUGUAUAACAAUGUUUAGAAAGUUUCUCUCACUUUCCAGUGUUAAUUUGUGCUGGUGACAGUUCUAUUGUCUGUUUUUAUUAUAACUGUUCUGUAAAGAUUGCUAUUAUUACUAUAAUUUGUAUUAUCAUCACUAUCUUGGCCAUUAUCAAUGGUCUUUUUAAUGAUGAUAUAGAAAUGGCAAUUUUACUUUAUGCGGUUUUUGUGUAGGUUAGACAUCUGGUUUUAUUUGAAUUUUAUUUUAUUAUAUAUAAAUAUUAUAUCAAUAUAUUUAUAUUUGAUUAAAAGUUUUGUUUUCUUUUUUCUUCAAAGGGUUUUACUAAUAUUGCACGAUUUUGUGACAUAAAACAAAACAACCAUUGUAAUGUUAGGGUGACAGAAGGAGACAGAAACAAGUUGAGUAUAACAACCAGUUCAAUGCUGCAAUUUUUAGUUAUAUGUACAAACAUUUGCGUACACGUGGUAAAGUGACAUUUAAGUCACAUUUAAUUUAUUUCUGACCAGACACAUAGAUGUCAAUGCAUGGGCGUAAAACAAGCAAAGAAUGAAUCAUGUAGGAAAUACAUAUGAAGUGUAAUAUCAAUAAGAAUAUACAUCACACAGACAUAAAAUAGAAAUUGAGGAAAAAUGUUUAAAAUAAAUUAUAGCUAAUAUAUUGUGUUCGGCUAGUCUGCUUUUUGUUGUAAAAAGUUUUUUUUGUUUUGUUUUUUUGAGAAUGAUAUACAAUUUGUGUAUAUUUUCAUAAAUAAAGUAUGCACUGAUAUGUUAUUACAAAUUCUAUACUGCUUUUACAAAAAAGUGUUUGUUAUUGUACCAAAGUAUCCAUUUGUCCCUUCUUACCCAACCCCUUUUGCGUAUGUUUUACCGUAUUUUAUAUAUUAAAUAGACAAGUUGACCUACAAAGAGGUUUGAGUAUUUGUGUGCCUAUUAUCAAUUUCUCAUCAGCUAUAUAUGUUUUACAGCUAUAAAUAUGUACAAUGAAUUGAUUAAACAUUGAAGUGAAA